ACCUCUCUGGAAACACCCCCACCCAUCUAGCUAGGCAGUUUACACACACCCCUUCGACUCCUCCUUGAUUCAAACGUUAGGUCAAGAGGAAGAAGGAAAACGAAUUCAAGAGCUGCUCUCAAGUGUCUAGAAUUCUCUGUGUUCCACCCCUUGAGAAGAGAGACUGGCCCCAGCUCUGACUCAGUCCACUAUAAACUGGACUUCUCUUAAAGCACCAACAUUACUUCAGCCUUUGUAUAAAACCAGAAGAAAAGAGUCUAGGAGCAUUGUGUAGUGUGAAGGAAGCAGGAGGCUGACAACUGGCAGUAAAGACAAAAGAUGGCAGGCCUGAGAACCAGCACUCAAGAAGACCCUGAAAUUGAGCUUUUUGUGAAGGCUGGGAGUGAUGGGGAGAGUAUUGGAAACUGUCCCUUUUGCCAACGCCUUUUCAUGGUCCUCUGGCUUAAAGGAGUUAAAUUCAAUGUUACUACUGUUGACAUGACCAGAAAGCCUGAAGAGCUGAAGGACUUAGCCCCAGGUACCAAUCCUCCCUUCCUGGUGUAUAACAAGGAGUUGAAAACAGACUUCAUCAAAAUUGAGGAGUUUCUAGAGCAGACACUGGCUCCUCCAAGGUAUCCUCACCUGAGUCCUAAGUACAAGGAGUCCUUUGAUGUGGGCUGUAACCUCUUUGCCAAGUUUUCUGCAUACAUUAAGAAUACACAAAAGGAGGCAAAUAAGAAUUUUGAAAAAUCUCUGCUCAGAGAAUUUAAGCGUCUGGAUGACUACUUAAACACCCCACUUCUGGAUGAAAUUGAUCCAGACAGUGCUGAGGAAAUCACAGUUUCCAGAAGAUUGUUCUUGGAUGGGGAUCAUCUGACACUCGCUGACUGCAACUUGUUACCAAAACUGAACAUUAUUAAAGUUGCUGCCAAGAAAUACCGUGACUUUGACAUUCCAACAGAAUUCUCAGGAGUCUGGCGCUAUCUCAACAAUGCCUAUGCCCGUGAAGAAUUUACCCACACGUGUCCCGAAGUCAAAGAAAUUGAAAAUACCUAUGCAAGUGUGGCUGUGGCUAAACAGAAGUGUUAGGACAGCUCUUCCUGUAGAGAAAGCUCUCUUUGUUAUCAGAUUCAAAUUGUUACCAUAUCAGAAAAGUUUUUGGAAGCAAGAAUAUGGUAAUAAUGUGUUUCCUCCAUCCAACUCUCUUCUGAAAAAAAAAAAAAAAACAGCUGUGUAUUGUCUGUAUCUAGUUAGUCACAAAUAAUGUGUAUUUUACAGAUCUUCAUAUUUUCACUUCAUUUCCUUUUUUCACAUGGCAUAACCACUGUAAUCUUGAAUGGCAUGAAAAGCAUCAAGAUCUUUUGCUUUUUGCUUGAAUUCACAGAAUGCAUUGUGUGUAAGCCAGACAUGUCUGAAGUUAUAAAUAAGUAGAGCCACAAUCUUGGACUGCUCCUUAGAAAUAUUUCCAACUAAAUCAUUAAAACAAUUUUAUGUUUUUGCUAGUUUAA